AGCACGUGUAGGUUGUCAAGCAGCUCUAUCACUGAAGCAAUUUCUCAAUUGAGAAAAGAAGAAAUAAAUCAAAUUUAAGUUCUUUUCUAGUAUAUCUAAGAGCGGAAAUCAGUUUAGCAAUGCCACCAAAACGUCAAAACAAGUCUUCUGAUGGUCCUGCAGCCAAGGUAGCCCGUGAGAUGGAUACCGUUGACAAAGCUCGCCAAGAGCUGGACAAUCUGCUUGUGGAACGUAAUCAGUUCAAGUCGAAGCUAGAGACUGCCGUCAACGAAGUCGAGUUGCUAAAGACUACCGCCUCGAAGCUGGAGGAGAGCUACAAUAGCUGCAUCCGUGGACUGUUGGUCGGCAUGGAGGCUAUGUCUAAGUUGUUGACCUCGGGCAAACACCAUCUGCCGCGCAGCCAGAUGAAUCAUAUUAACAAGAAGCUGGACAAUGUGCUAAAGCAGACAAAGAAUCUGUCCCUUAAGCUGGCCGAGGCGCAGAUCCACUAUCGCGCCGGGACCAGUGCCGAAAGGGAGGAAAUCGAAAGCUUGCUCCUAGCACAAAAGAUGCUCGUUGAGGAAUAUGAGCAGAAGCUGCUCGAGAAGGAGCAGACUUACCGCGAUCUGCAAUCCGAUAUGGAGCACCAGGCGGAGACCUAUUUGAAGGAAAUCGAGGGACUGAAGAAGCAAAUCGAAGAAAUCGAGGGCAAUCGCGUCGAUCCCAAUUACACAACUUGCUCCAUCUGCCUGGAGCCGUGGACCACCUCGGGCAGCCACCGUGUGUCCGCACUGAUCUGUGGCCACGUCUUCGGGGACAUAUGCAUCAGGGAGCAUCUGACCAACGCCUCGGACUGCCCCAUGUGCCGCUCGCUUGCCGACUCCAUAGACUUGCGCUAUCUGUUCCUGGAAAGCUCCUAUUCUGAAGACUAACUCCCAUCCACAUAUGUAUC